UCAGAAGAAUCCGAUGAGGAAGAGGAGUCCGAAGAAGAACUUAUAAGCCAUGAGGAAAUCGAAAUGCCAAGCGAAGAACAUACUGAUGAUGAACCGACAAUGCCAAAGGAAACUGAUAAGCCUGGUAGUUCAUCUCCUGUUUCGAAGAUUACUUCGGCUGGUCGAGAAAAUUUUUUGAAGAAGCUUAAUGACAUUCGGACGAAAGUUGCUAUGGGCCAGUUCUCGACAUCAGAUGGAACGUAUCCAGCAGCCAAGGAGAUUGAAGAAUUAGAAGAGAAAUCAGAAGAAUCCGAUGAGGAAGAGGAGUCCGAAGAAGAACUUAUAAGCCAUGAGGAAAUCGAAAUGCCAAGCGAAGAACAUACUGAUGAUGAACCGACAAUGCCAAAGGAAACUGAUAAGCCUGGUAGUUCAUCUCCUGUUUCGAAGAUUACUUCGGCUGGUCGAGAAAAUUUUUUGAAGAAGCUUAAUGACAUUCGGACGAAAGUUGCUAUGGGCCAGUUCUCGACAUCAGAUGGAACGUAUCCAGCAGCCAAGGAGAUGUACAAACUGAAGCUGGCUCAGGAACACGUAGACAAAUGCCAUUAUGAUCGUUCCGAAUAUUUCCUCAAGUAUUUUUAUGGCGAUGGCGUUGGUGAAACUUUGUUUGCGAACUGGACUCUUGAAAACGACCCCAAAGACGAUAUACUAUCAGUGGCGGUGGAUGAGUGGUUAAAAAGUAAGCCAAUGGGAGAAACAAGUUUAUUAACGGACAAAUAUAUCAAUUCUUCGAAUGAAAAUUUAGCUCAGCCAUUUCCUGACCGACACAUUUCAUUUCAGUUAAUCACGGCGCGCACGACAGAAAUUGGCUGUGGAGUAUCAUUUUGUGAAUAUCCCCAACAUCUGGACAAAAAUGGUACACCACGUUGUAUGAGAGUGGUGAAAAAUGCAAAAGCGAUGCGGAAUGUACGACGUAUGCUUCAUCAAAAUGUCUGUCAUCGGAGGAACACUUUUACUUUAAAGGAUCAAAUCCAUGUUGGCCUCAAGGCACCUCAUGAACAUUUCGGUCUUACGGGUGUUGUAAAAAGAUUUUGA